AUGUGGCUGGUUUUAACAACAACCUGUUGUUUGAUCUGUGGAACUUUAAGUGCUGGUAGAUUCUUUAAUUUGGAAGAAGAAGCGAAUCCUGAAGUGUGGAUGAAUAUUAGUGAGAUCAUCACCUAUAAUGGCUACCCCAGUGAAGAGUAUGAAGUCAUCACUCAGGAUGGGUACAUCCUCAGCGUCAACAGAAUUCCUCAUGGACGAAAAGAUGCCAGGAGCCCAGGGCCCCGGCCAGUGGUAUAUAUGCAACAUGCCUUAUUUGCAGACAAUGCCUCUUGGCUGGAGAAUUUUGCCAAUGGCAGCCUUGGAUUCCUUCUAGCAGAUGCAGGUUAUGAUGUCUGGAUGGGAAACAGCCGGGGGAACACUUGGUCAAGAAGACACACAACACUCUCAGUGACUGAAGAAAAAUUCUGGGCCUUUAGUUUCGAUGAGAUGGCCAAAUACGACCUCCCAGGAAUCAUAGACUUCAUUGUAAAUAAAACUGGUCAGGAAAAGCUGUAUUUCAUUGGGCAUUCACUUGGCACUACAAUAGGGUUUGUAGCCUUUGCCACCAUGCCCGAACUGGCACAGAGAAUCAAAAUGAAUUUUGCCUUGGGUCCUGUGGUCUCAUUCAAAUAUCCCACGGGCACUUUUACCAGUUUUUUUCUACUUCCAAAUUCUGUAAUCAAGGGUAUUUUUGGUACCAAAGGUAUAUUUUUACAGACGGGAAGGGAACAUUCCCUCAAACUCUGCAACAAUAAAAUAUUAUGGGUGAUAUGUAGUGAAUUCAUGUCCUUAUGGGCUGGAUCCAACAAGAAAAAUAUGAAUACGAGUCGAAUGGAUGUGUAUAUGUCACAUGCUCCCACUGGAUCAUCAAUGCAGAACAUCCUGCAUAUAAAACAGCUUUACAGAUCUGAUGAAUUCAGAGCUUAUGAUUGGGGAAGCGAAGCUGAGAACAUGCAUCACUAUAAUCAGAGCCGUCCCCCGCUCUAUGACUUGACCACCAUGAAGGUGCCUACUGCUAUGUGGGCUGGUGGCCAUGAUGUCCUUGUGACGCUCCAGGAUGUGGCCAGGGUAAUCCCCCAAAUCGGGAAUCUCCAGUACUUCGACCUCUUGCCUGACUGGAAUCACUUCGAUUUCAUCUGGGGCAUGGACGCUCCUCAGCGGAUGUAUAGUAAAAUCAUAGCCUUGAUGAAGUCAUACUCCUGA